AUGUCGAUCUCAUCCAGCUUACAAACCCGCCGAUCAAGCAGCUGUAUACGUGAUAACAUUCAGGUUGCAAAACUUGGCCUUCAUUUCUCCAAACAGCCUGUUCACUUCUGGCGCUCUUCCCAUCUUGCAAAGUCCGUCAAUAAGUAUGUUGUAGGUGAUGAUAUCUGGAAGAAUGAAACAUUUAUAGAACAAGUCAUCACAUUCCCGACACUAGUGGAAGGAUACUGUAAUGCUGGACUGGUGGAUGACGCCGAGAGGCUUCUGGAAGAGAUGGUUGCCAGUGACUGCUCUCCGGACGUGUAUACGUACACAAGCCUGGUCAACGGCUUCUGCAAAGUCAAAAGAAUGGUGGAGGCGCACAGAGUUCUCAAGCGAAUGGCCAAGGGGGGAUGCCAGCCCAACGUGGUGACUUACACUGCUCUCAUCGACGCGUUCUGCAGAGCUGGGAAGCCGAUGGUGGCUUACAAGCUGCUGGAGGAGAUGGUUGGCAACGGCGUCCAGCCGAACUUUAUCACGUACAGGAGCUUGAUCGGUGGCUUCUGUGGGACUGGGGACCUGGAAGAGGCUCACAAGAUGCUCAAGAGACUGGAGCGCAACGAGAACUGCAAGGCGGAUAUGUUCGCAUACCGGGUGAUGAUGGACGGGCUGUGUAGAACCGGGAGAAUGAGCGCAGCUCUGGAGCUUCUCGAGGCCAUCAAGCAGAGUGGCACGCCUCCUCGCCACGAUAUCUAUGUGGCGUUGAUCAGGGGGCUGUGCCAGCGGAAAGAGCUCGGCAAAGCCAUGGAAGUUUUGGAAGAGAUGACACUCUCAGAGGAAAGGCAGGCCAAAUGCCAAGGCUUACGAGGCAGUGAUCCAGGAGCUAGCGAGAGAAGGGAGACACGAAAAGGCAAAUGCACUCUCAGACGAAUUACUUGGUAA